UCGAAUUUCUUGUUUGACACGACGACUGGCGACAUAUCAACCGUAGAUAAUACACUAAUAAUACCGACUCAGUUUUUUUGUUAUAUUACAAAAUACAAUCAUAAUUUUCUUUCUCCAUCAAAAUUAACAAUAAUAUUAUCUGCUAAACAAUGCUUUAACACAAUAUAAAUCGUAUUUCUAUCUUUGGUAAAACAAGAAGCCGCCGAAAAUGACUUCCAUUAUCAAGUUGCACUGUCUCUCUGGUGCUGGGAAUGAAACACCACCAUGUUACGUGCUGCAAGUGGACGAGUUUAAAUUCCUGCUGGACUGCGGAUGGGACGAGAAAUUUGAUAUGGACUUCAUGAAGGAGUUGAAACGGCAUAUAAAUUCUGUAGAUGCAGUGCUGUUAUCACACUCAGACCCCAUGCAUCUUGGAGCCUUGCCUUAUGCUGUUGGUAAACUCGGCCUCAACUGUCCCAUCUAUGCCACCCUGCCCGUGUACAAAAUGGGACAGAUGUUCAUGUAUGACUUAUAUCAGUCCCACAGGAAUGUAUCGGAUUUCGAUCUGUUUACAUUGGACGACGUUGACUUGGCGUUUGAUAGGAUUGUGCAGCUCAAGUACAACCAAAGUGUUGACAUGAAAGGAAAAGGCCUAGGCCUCCGCAUAACUCCACUACCAGCAGGCCACUCCCUUGGAGGCACGGUCUGGCGUAUCACCGCACCUGGCGAGGAAGAUAUAGUGUAUGCACCAGAUAUCAACCACAAGAAGGAGCGGCAUCUUAAUGGCUGUGAGAUAGAGAAGCUGAUGAGACCCUCGCUGAUGCUGCUCGGGGCUACCAAUGCUGAUUAUGUGCAGCAAAGACGGAGGUUGAGAGAUGAGAAGCUUAUGACAACAAUCCUAACGACCCUGCGCGGAGGCGGGUGCGUGCUGGUGUGCACGGACACGGCGGGCCGCGUGCUCGAGCUGGCGCACAUGCUGGACCAGCUGUGGCGCAACAAGGACUCGGGGCUGGUGGCCUACUCUCUGCUGCUGCUGUCCAACGUCAGCUACAACGUGGUGGAGUUUGCCAAGUCGCAAAUCGAAUGGAUGAGCGACAAACUGACGAGAGCAUUUGAAGGUGCGCGUAGUAACCCGUUCGCUCUGCGGCACCUGCAUCUCUGCCACUCGGUCGCCGAGGUCACACGCACCCCGGGACCCAAGCUGGUGCUCGCCUCCUUCCCGGACCUCGAGGCGGGAUUCGCCCGCGACCUGUUCCUACUGUGGGCUCCCAACCCGCAGAACUCUAUAGUAUUGACUGCAAGGACCUCGCCAGGAACGUUGGCACGCGACCUGAUAGAGAAGGGAGGUGACCGCACGCUAGAGCUGACCGUCCGCCGCCGGGUCCGCCUCGAGGGCGCCGAGCUCGAGGAGUUCCUGCAGCAGCAGCGCGCCAAGAUCAAUAACACUGUCAAGGAAGAGACAGCGGGCAUAUCGUCCGAUUCGGAUUCCGACGGCGAGUUAGAGAUGUGGGUGGUGACGGGACGGCACGACAUCCCGGUGCGCCACGACGUACGCCACGGCGGCUGCUUCAAGACCAACAAGCGGCACCACGCCAUGUACCCCUUCCACGAGGAGCGGACCAGGGCUGAUGACUACGGAGAGCUGAUCAAGCCUGAAGAUUACAGACUGGCGGAGAUAGUAGAUGCGGAAGGAGAAAUCAGAGACGUGCCACCCGUGCCGCCGCCGAAACAAGAGCCAGAUGAGGAGAUGACGGAGAUCCCCAGUAAGUGCAUGGUGUCGGUGCGGUCGGUGCAGAUCCGCGCCAGCAUCCAGCACGUGGAGCUGGAGGGCCGCGCGGACGGCGAGUCGCUGCUGCGCCUCAUCGCGCACUCCAAGCCGCGAGCACUCGUCGCGCUCAGGGCGCCGCCGCACGCCGCAGCCGUGCUGAAAAAACACUGUGCGAGUGAGAACAUAGAGAAGGUGUUCUUCCCUAGCAACGGUGACACGGUCGAUGCUACUACUGAGUCCCAUAUCUAUCAGGUGAAGCUGACGGACGGGCUGAUGCGCAGCCUGGCGUGGCGCAGCGCGGGCGGCGCCGAGCUCGCCUGGCUCGCCGCGCGCGUCGUGCCGCGCGCCACGCAGCGCGAGAACGACGCCACCACCGAGGAGGCGCCGUCGGACGUGUCGAUGUGCCUGGAGGCGGCGGAGAGCGCGGGCGCGGCGCACGCGGCGGCGUUCGUCAACACGGCGCGCCUCUCCGAGCUGCGCGCGGCGCUGGCGCGGCUCGGGCUCGGCGCCGAGUUCAGCGGCGGCGCGCUCGAGUGCUGCAACGGCUCGCUCGCCAUACGACGGUUGGAAAACGGCCGCGUGGCGCUAGAAGGCGUUCUUUCAGAAGAGUAUUACAAAGUUAGAGAACUAUUGUAUGACCAAUUUGCUAUUGUAUAAUGUUAUUAUUAUGUCUGAUGUAAAUAAAUAUGUUUAAGUGAAAAAGAGUGUUAUUGUUAUAACAUUUUAAUGAGAAAACCCUACUUUUCCUUAUUGUGUAACCACUUAUUAACCAUUAAAGUAUUUUCUUAUA